GCUGCAGUGAAGCACCUCGCUCUUUUCAUUUGAGGUUGAGGACACAGAAGAGUAAGCGCGUCCCUCCAAGCGUUUGGGAUUUUUGGUGGUUGUUGUUUUUAAUCUACCGGGUAUAUUUCAACGGUGGAUUUGUGAUUGAAUUUGCUGGAAGCAAAUAUUUCUUUGUUGUGGCAAAGAUGGCGCGUCGAAGGUGCUUCGUCUACGUGCCCUGGACAUGGCGAUUGUUUUGUGGACCACGCCAGCAAAUGGGAUCACUUUUGUUCGUUUUUUAUUUGUUUACCGCAGUGGAUGGUCAGAUUCGUUAUUCCAUUCCCGAGGAAAUGAAGAAAGGCUCCGUAAUUGGUAACGUUGCACAAGACCUGAGUUUGACUAUAAAAAGGAUGAGUGCAGGGCGGGCACGCAUCGUGACGGGAGAAAGCAUCCAGUACGCGGAGCUGAAAACAGACAAAGGGCUCCUGGUCGUCAGUGACAGAAUAGACCGGGAGCAGCUUUGCGGGGAUGUGACGCCGUGCAGCUUCAGCUUUGAGAUCAUUUUAGAAAACCCGAUUGAGCUGCACAGGGUAAUUGUUGAGGUUUUGGAUAUCAACGAUCACGCUCCCAUGUUUACAAUCAAAGAUAAAGCUCUCAUAUUCGAAAUAAGUGAAUCUGCUGCAGUUGGAGUGCAAUUUCCACUACAAACUGCAGAGGAUCAAGAUGUGGGGCAAAAUGGAUUGCAAACUUACAUUUUGUCUCCAAAUGAAAAUUUUAUAUUGAAUCAGAAUGCAAAUCCAGAUGGGAGUAAAUAUGUUGAAAUGGUGCUGCAGAAGCCUUUAGACAGAGAGCGACGGCCCCGUUUGUCUUUAAAAUUAAUUGCAGUUGAUGGAGGAACACCACAGAGAUCGGGUACCGUAAAUAUAGAAAUAAAUGUGCUUGAUGCAAAUGACAACCGGCCAAUAUUUAAUCAAUCAGAAUACAAAGCCUCUGUUCUGGAAAACACAAUGAAAGGAACUAGUAUAAUUACUGUAAAUGCGACAGAUGCUGACAGUGGUUCAAAUGGACGCAUCGCAUAUAGUUUGUCAAAAAUGAAAGGAGGUGCAGCAGAUAUAUUUAAUAUUGACGAAAAUACUGGCACGAUUUCCGUGUCUGGUCAAAUAGACUAUGAAAAAAAUAGAAAAUUUGAAGUGAGAGUGGAAGCAAAGGAUCAAGGUGGGCUAAUUGGGACCAGUAAAGUUAUACUUGAUGUUAUCGACAUCAAUGACAAUGCCCCAGUCAUUCAUAUAAUGUCAUUUUCAAGUCCUCUGUCUGAGGAUUCACCACCUGGUACAACAGUUGCAGUUCUGAACAUAAAAGAUAUCGAUUCUGACAGAAAUGGGCAAAUAACGUGUUCCAUAGAUGGAAAACGUCCAUUUAAAUUGGAAAUGUCGCUAACAAACUAUUACAAUUUGAUCUCAGAUCAAUAUUUAGACAGAGAAUCAGUUUCAGAAUAUAACAUAACAAUUACAGCCACUGAUCUGGGAGCACCUCCACUUUCUAGCUCAACCAAGUUACAUCUUAAAAUAUCAGACGUGAAUGACAAUGCACCAUUAUUCAAUAAAAAUAUUUAUUCAGCUUAUGUUGCAGAGAAUAAUUCUCCUGGCACUUCCAUAUUUGCUGUCACUGCCCGAGACGCUGAUUGGAAUCAAAAUGCGAGAAUCUCUUACCUUUUAGAGGACACACAGAUAAGUGGCAGUCCGGUUUCAACUUUUCUUUCUUUAAACUCUGAAACUGGUGUUCUCAGUGCCGUUCGAUCAUUUGAUUAUGAACAAAUUAAACAAUUGGACUUGAUAGUCAGAGCUCAGGAUGGAGGCUCCCCUCCCCUCAGCAGCAACGUGAGCGUUCGCAUCCUGAUUCAGGACCAGAACGACAACGCCCCUCAAGUCCUGUACCCGGUGCAGACGGGCGGCUCGCUACUGGCCGAAAUGGUGCCUCGUUCAGCCGAUGUGGGCUAUCUGGUGACGAAAGUGGUGGCCGUGGAUGUGGACUCCGGUCAGAACGCCUGGCUCUCCUACAAAGUGCACAAAGCCACCGACAGGGCACUGUUCGAAGUGGGCCUCCACAAUGGAGAAAUCCGAACUGUCCGCCAAGUGACUGAUAAAGAUGGUGUCAAACAAAGACUGACUGUUGUCGUGGAGGACAACGGGCGGCCCUCUCGCUCGGCUACAGUCAUUGUGAACGUGGCGGUGGCCGACAGCUUCCCUCAAGUGCUGUCAGA